AUGCUGCCUUCUUCAGCUUUGGCCGCUGGGAAGAAGCCCUCGUUGCUCUCUACACUAGUUGGGAUGACGGUGAAGCGAGCCACUUCGUCGAGGACGCCUAUGCCACGCUGUGUGCUGAUGUGGACCUACUACAAUGGGCCGCCCGUAGCCAGCAGCUUCGUCGUCUCCUCGACUUACCUCCUCCUGGACCUGGGUCGUUGGAGUGGGCACGAACCGAUCAGAUACGAGCACGACGCAUUCAGCCACGGAACCUUGGUGAGCAGCGGCAAGCACGCAUUGGCUUGGAUAGACCUUUUGCUGAUCAAGACCGCUUUGCCAUGGACUUCUCCCCGGAUCUCGUCCGUGUUCCACCCGGUGGCGCCAGCACCGUGCCCUGCCUACAGCGUGGACCUUUCCGCCGUUGCUUUUUGGUUCGAGAUUUUCAUUGGCACCUCAAGCACCUUGCCGCACAGGCUGACUUUGACAUUGCCAUGCUGUCUUUUGACACUGCGGUUGAUCCUGUGCAUGGUGACCUUCGGAGUGGCUCUAUGUCCUGGAGGCGCCUGGAGUCGCUGUACCGUGAUGGCAUGGUUGCGGCUACUCUCGUCGGUUCAAGCGCGCUGGACGCCUUUGGUGGAUGACAACGGACAGGAGCGCCGAGGACCUCGCCCUCUGCGUACCACGGCUCGGCCAUGGGGGCUUGAUGGCCUCACCUUGCGAGAAAUGAGACAACUGACCCAAGGCAGUGCCUUCGCUCUGCAAGUCCUUUGGUGUGCCUGUGCUACUUUGUGCUGGGGCGGUUUCUUUAUCUCGGAGCACCCUGCUGCUCCUCGUGAUCCUGGCCGGGCUACUAUGUGGCGAACGCCGCUCAUGCAGACUCUUCUGCAAGCAGUGCAGGCCACGCUGGUGACCAUCUCGCAGUGGCGGUGGGGUUCAAUGACUCCUAAGCCUACAACCCUUUUGGCAAUCAGGCUGCCGUUCCUCCGUGCCUCGAUGGACAAGUGGCAGGUUCCAGGCCUCUCCAAACCAGAGGCGUGUGCGAUGGGGCUGCAAGAUGGCGUCUUCCGGACCGAAGAGAUGAAGACGUAUAGUGAGGCCCUGUCAGCGGCCUUUGCGCAAGGCAUUUUUGAUGGCCUGAAGCGAGCCAGCCAACAUGGGCAGCUUCGCCUCUGCUCCUUCCCUGAGGAGGUUGAGCGAUGGGUCAAUCUUUUGUCCCGGUUGAGCGCUGAGAUUGAUCCCCAGGGUCAUCGGCUCCCGGACUUUCAGGACCUGUAUAGGUCACGUGUGCAGACGGCGUUUUUGGCCUGUUGGCUGCGCCAAUUCAAGCGACGGGCUUGA